GCCGAUCCUCGAAAAAAUGAGAAAGAGUCCCCAGAUCACGACCUUGAUUGCGCUGCCUCACGAACAUCGAACAUAUUUUCCCCAAUUUUUCCGCAUUGCACGACGCAAGAGUACCAAGCGUCGUCGAGAACAAUGUCAUACUAUGAAUCGCAAGGAUGGCAGCCGCCUGUGCGGCAGGCGUCAUGGGAGCAACCGCCGCCACCAUCAAGAUCUGGCGCAAGCUCUACCUCACAGCGAGAAGAUGGCAAUGCCUUUGCCACCCAAUUCGAAGAGGUGGACCGAGCCAUAGACAACCUCGUCAAGAGCGGCAAAAUCUAUGCAGGUGGUCCACGCCCCAUGCCAACGGGCCCCAGUGCUCGCCCUGGAGGCGACUACGGUCACCAAGGUCACCGUAUGCACGGUGGCCGCCAUUCGCAGGGCGAUUUCGAUGCGUCACGACCUCACCAGGGCUCGAACCUUCAGAACUUCUAUGCUUCUCAAAGGCAUCAGGGGCACCAGGGCAACCAGGGGCACCAGGGGCACCAGGGGCACCAGGGACACCAAGGACAUCAGGGACAUCAGGCCCGGCAGAACGAUGGCGAUCAAAUGCUGCAGGCGAAGAGAAGAAUGGCAGCGCAAAGAGAGCGGGAGCUCCGAAAUUACCAUCAGGAGCAGCAGUACAACCGAAGUGUGUUGGCGGAAAUGUCUUCGAAUAAAUCGGAUCGGUCUAUGAGCCCUAGCACACUGAGUGAGGAGGGUCGACGGGAGCUGAUUGCGCGCCAACAUCGUGCUCUUUACGGAGGCGGUGACCCAGCCUUCAUGGGCCAAGUUCCAUUCAGCCCUGAGGAUAUCAGCAGAGACCAGGCUGGUGGCAACGCCCCUGGAGCCGGCCGUGGACAAUCGCCUCGAGGAGCAGAUCCCUUCCGUACGCAAGGUGAAGUCAGUGGACAAUCUGCCGGUGCCGAUGCCUCAAGAGGUGAAAAGACCUCCUCACCGUCUGUGCAGACUGCCCCUGGGUUUGGUGCAAUGGACGCAGCGGUCUCCUCGGGCAAGGCACCUACGCCGCCCUCGGGAGACGAACCGUCUCAUUCACGGCAAAUAUCAAAAUCCACCACCGCGCCUAUCUCGGGAGGAAUGGGACCAAUUGGUAGCAGGCCAAAUGCUCAGCAGGCUCCGAACCAAUCCCUUAACAAGCGUACUACGUCGCCUCUUCCGUCAUCUCUCGGCUACGGCUUCGGUGCUAACGAACAAAACAUCGAUCGGGCGGGUUCGGCCAACUCGAACCCUAAUGGUCAAAAGGAGUCUGGUAAUUCCAGCAUGGGGGCUUGGGGUACUGGAAGUGGUGUCUGGGGUUCCAACAAGAUUGGAACAACAUCUGUUUGGGGUUGAAUGACUUACGAGGAUACGAUCAAAGCAUGACACGAUCUAUGCGCGGAGUUGUGUUGUUUUCCAGCAUGCCUUCGGGUUACAGCGCAUUGCGUGGGGCGGAGUGAUCACAUGUUUGUCAUGCUUGCUAGUGUCGUUUUGAUGCUUCUGCAUAGCGUGCUCUGGAGGACAAAUGUGGCUGAAUCAUUUGAGUUUUGGACUGAGGAGUUCGCGAUA